AUAGUGUAUACUUGUUUGAGUCAGCCACUGCCGAAAACUCAAGCAACAACAACAAACAAAUAGAAGUUGAGCAGCCUUCUACGCCAACGAACACAUCGGAAAGAAUAUACUCCAACCUACAAAAAAAAAAUAGAACACCUCCAACUCCCUCAAAAAGACCAUACAAUA